AUGGGAAAUAAUGUGAACAAAGACGAUCAAGACAAUAAGGAAGUGAAAUCGGAUGCAACUAAAGAAAAAAGCGAGAAAGAUACAUCAUCUAAUGAAAACAGCAUUAAUACUUGUGCUGGAGGUCUGACUGAAAGUGAAAUGAAAAAACUUCAAGAAGAGCUUGAUGCAGCAAAGGAAGAAAACAGUUUUAGUACAUCAUCAAGAUGUACGAUUGCUUAA